AUGUCUUAUAAUCCUCCCACAGGUCCUCCACCAAACUGGUCCGACAGCAAGCAGCAGCCUACUGUGUCCGACGAAGGUGCAGGCCAGACCUCAAGAGGUUACGCCCCACAAGGCCAGCCCCAGUAUCAGCAAGGUUAUCAACAAGGUGGUGGAUACCCCCAACAAGGAUACGGUGGCGGAUACCCUCAACAGGGUUACGGCGGUGGAUACCAGCAGCAAGGUUACGGCGGUCCCCCACCACAGGGCGGUGGAUACUACCAACAGCAGCCGCAACAGCAGUACUAUGUUCAGCAGAAACGUUCGAGCGGUAACGAGAACUGCUUGAUGGCAUGUUUGGCCGGUUUGUGUAUCUGCUGUACCUUAGAUAUGCUCUUCUAG